GAAAGCUCUUCACGAUUGGGUACAGUAUUUUUAGAAAACGAGAAGAGUCAGCGCUGCUGGAGUUGCUGCUGCCUGAAGAGACGCUGUCCGACAGACACUGACGCUCUUCCUAGGCCGGCCACCACCACAGUUCGAAAUGUUGCGUCAGAUGUUUUCGUCGCGUCCGCUCCUCCGUAGGUCGCUGAGGGCGCCCGUCUGCAGGCGGCAGAUCAGUCACUCCUUGAUUGACGUCUCCCCGAGCGUGCAAGAAGCACUUUUUUACAAGCACCCUGUUGUGGCACUGGAAUCGGCUAUAAUCACCCACGGAAUGCCCAUUCCUCACAACCUGGAGACCGCCCUGCGGCUGGAGGCGACGGUGGCUGCGGAGGGCGCUCUACCGGCGACCGUCGCUUUCAUCAGAGGCAGAAUCAAGGUGGGGCUGUCCCCCGAGCAGCUGGAGAGCCUUGCGCUGAAGAAGGAACCCGCAAUCAAGGUGUCCCGGCGGGACUUUCCGGCCGCCAUCAGCCGCAGGUUGAACGGUGGAACCACGGUCGCGGGCACCAUGAUGGUGGCCCACGCGGUGGGCAUCAGGGUCUUCGCCACCGGUGGUAUCGGCGGAGUGCACCGCGGCGUGGAGAACACGAUGGACGUCAGCGCCGACCUCGUGGAGUUAGGCAGGACACCGGUGGUGGUUGUGUGUAGCGGCGCCAAGGCCAUCCUUGACAUCCCCCGCACCCUGGAGUACCUGGAGACUCAGGGCGUCGGGGUGGUCACGGUCGGCGACUCGGACGAUUUCCCCGCAUUCUACUGGGCAAAAAGCGGCUGCAAGUCUCCUUACUCUGUUCCGUCCGCCACCGAAGCAGCCGAUUUCAUCCGCGCCUGGGAGAAGGUUUCAGAGUCCGCAGGGUUAAUCCUCGCUGUACCGGUGCCAGAUGCCGAAGCUGGAGACAGUCGGGCCCUAGAGGACGCGAUCAAGGUUGCUGUCCAGGACGCGGAGAGGAGAGGGAUUUCCGGCAAAGACCUGACGCCCUUCCUUUUGGGUGAGAUGAACAGACUGACCUCAGGGGCCGCCCUGAGCAUCAAUAAGGCGCUGGUGGUGAACAAUGCGAAGACGGCAGCGCAAAUCAGUGUUAAAAUUUCCACAUCAAACUCGUCAGGUUGCAGAGUGAGUGUGAUCGGAGGGUGUGCCUUGGACAGGGUCGUCAGGGUGCAAAGCAAUCCAAUCCCCUUGGAUGGGGCCACCUGGCCAGGCAGCAUCAGUGAAUGUGCUGGUGGGGUAGGAAGGAAUCUGGCAGAGGCCAUCGGCCACCUCGUGCAGGAAAACUUGCAAAAUUACGCCAAGCCGCUGUUUGUGUCUGCCGCGGGACAGGACAGAUCCGGUGACCUGAUCAUCGAGCAGACUCGCGGAGUCGUGGACACGGCAGGCGUCCGCAGAGUCAAGGACCGUGGAACGGCAGCCUACGAAAUCUUGCUAGACGGAAAGGGCGAGUGCAGAUUGGUGAUCGGCGAUGACGGCGUCCUGGCCGGCAUCGACGUCGCCUGGAUUGGCAGACAGCGGCUGCAGGACUCGAGGAUGGUCGUGAUCGACGCCAACGUGUCGGAGGAAAGCGCAAGAUAUGUUCUGGAGACGUGCCAGAAAGAGAAAAUUCCGGUUUGGUUCGAGCCGACCGACGCGAGGAAAGCCCGAAAAAUCGUGGAAUCAUCGCCGCUGUGGAAAACCCUGAGUUUCGUUUCACCCAACCUGGAGGAGCUGAAGCGGAUGGCCGAGGCGGCCGGGACUAGGGUGAUAGACGCUAAGCCCAAUCUGCAGGAGGUGUCCCGCCUGGCCAGGUUCCUGGUGGACCAAGGGGUGGCCAACGUGGUCAUCACGCUCGGCCAACAAGGCUGCCUGAUUGUGAACAGGAGCGACGCAGGGCAACCCUUGCGCACCUUCUUCGAGCAGGAGACCAGGUUGCCUGCCAAAGCAAAGUUUUACCCGAUCGACACGCCAAAUCUAGAGCCCGUCAGUGUUUCUGGCGCGGGCGACUGCUUCGCCGCUGCGCUCAUCCUGGCCGCGGCCGAAAAGUGGCCCGAGAAGGUGGCCGUCGCAUGGGCCAUGGCCGCCGCGAACGUGUCGCUGCUAAGUGCGAAAACCGUGCCUGUCGAGUUACGUGAUCUGAAAGUUCCUGACCAGGGUGCUAAGUGCCAGAUUAUUUUUUAAUUAUUUACUUUCAUUCCAGUUUUAUGUACAUAUUUUUCUACAUUUUAUUCGUAUAGGGUUGAGAAUUUUAGAUGGAGUUUUCGAGAAAAUCAUUUUGGAGCUAAUUUAAGACAUUUUUUUUAAAUUAUUCUUUCCAAAUAAUAUUAGAAUUUUAGAGGAUGGCAAUUAAUUUACAAUUUUAUAAUUUAUAUUUUUGAGUUCGGAUACAGAUAGUUACACUGGAGAAAUAGCUCUAUAGCAAACUUAAGUUCCAAAAAGUGUUUUUCAUUGUUAUAUUAAAAUACAUACGUGUUGCCUAAAAUCAAAAUAUUUUGAAGAAAAUUCUAAAAUUCACCGCAAUCGUUAACUAACUACCGCAUUUAAAAAGUUGUUUAUAUUUGGCUUUAAAAAUGAUUUAGACGAUUCUAUAAGAAGGUUUUUGGCUGCAAAGACGCUUUUGAUUAUAUUUAAAUUUCGAUUCGUGCUCACUUUUGGUCCUAAUUAAAAGCAGAAACCAAGAAAAAUAUUGUUAAAUCGUCUAAAACUCUCAACCCUUAUGAACGAAGCAUACUCAAUUUUCUACCUGAAUCAGCUGGUGAUGCAAUAAAAUUACACGUGUAUAACACCGGUAAUGGGGGCAAUUUGAAUGCAAACACUUCCUUGUUGGGCCGAUAAUUUAGUGGUACAAAUGGAGCUUUCAAAAUUCGAUCAAUUUGCAUUGUAAAAAGACUGCAACAGGUGCCAAAAAGCUCUCGCGAGGGCAUGAGUCAUUUUCGUGGCCGAUGCUGCAGGAAUAUUAAUUCAGCCUGAGUGACUCACCUCUGUGUAACCUCUCAUCUGCGAGAUCCGCAAACACACUUAACGCAAAACGCAUAGGCUGCCACUUACAAUAAUGAUAUGCGGCGAUCACGUCAUUUUGAAAAAUUGCCUCCACCGCGUGCGCAGCUCUCUGAUUAAUAAUAUUACAUUUUUUUCUUUCUCUCUCCCAGUCCCAAGUCUCUAACACGCAGAUUGAUAAUUUUAGCCUUUAAUGCUCUCGCGGCCGCCAUUUUGAAUAAUCUGAUUCGCGAAUAAUGCGUUGCAAUUAAAAUGGAAACGCUCCGGUGAUCUCACACGGUGCGUUUGUGCCCGACGCAUAUUUUCUUUUCCGAUCAAUUUUAUGCAUCAUUAAUCACACUGUGGCAGCUGAAUUAGAGAGUCAGACGCGCGGCCGGCGAUUCCGUUUUGUGGUACUCGCGACCGCUCGUGGCAAUAUUUUGUGUCUUGGGAACUUUCCCUCAAACUCAAUUUAACAAUGAACAUAAACAAAACGAAAUGUACGCUUGUCUGAUUUGUGUUUUAAAAAGCGAACAGCGUGUCUAUGUUUAUUAUUCGCUGCCUAAGUGUGUCGCACGCAAACCUCUGCGAUAUGCGUAUUUAAAAUGCUAUUUCUGCUUGAAGCAAGUCAGUAAAAAAUACUUUUCAUUCAUUCGAUGAAAUUGUUUUGA